AUGUUGUCGUCAAAUCUUGUACUACUUCUGAACGUCCUAUUCACUCCACUGAUAUAUUCCCAAUUCGAUAAUCAAGCUCAAAUCAUGCAAUGUAGCAACAUUGAGUUCUGCGCCACUAAUUUCAAGUUACUCCCAAAUUUUUAAUGAAGUUUUGAAGAAUUUCCAGGCCCUACAAAGACCCUGAGAUGAACAAGUUUCGUACAAAACGAUUACACGCAGAGCAGCUGGAAAAACUGUGGAAUCUCGUCAAAGACGAAGGCAUACAAGUUAUCAGCAAGUAUGGAAGUCGAGAACUUCCAUGACUCGGAUGGUUUCAGGAAUUCAGAACUAUAUUCGCUGAUUCAAGCUCGAACUUUUCUGUGCGUAGAUGACGUCGCCGGUUUUCUGCUUGACGACAACAUCACUGACUACGUAACUAGUUGCUUAUGGACAGGUAAUAGAAAAAAGAAGUGAUUUACUUGCCCUUUUUCUCUUUCUUUUUAUGCUUUGAUUCUCUGGAAGCCUUGCUGCUUUCCAGGCGGAGAACAAGUCUCCAAAUGCGCUCUAGUGCCUCCUCAGUACGCCAACGCCACAUUCACUUACAUGAAAGCUCCGAUUUGGGCCGCAAAACUGCGGGUUUCUCUUUUUGUGUCGAAGAUUUUCCUUGAGAAUGCGAGUUUCAGGAGUUUCGCACCAGAAUCGGCUGCAGUAACAGCGACAUUUUAGCGUCUCAAGGGGUAUUACGCAAUUUCUUUUAAUCGAUCUGAUUAUUAUUGAGUCGGAGAACUUUUUAGAGUACUCCUUCAAAUUAAUAUUCAGUCAAACUGUUCUCUAAACCACUUUAUAUAUUUCCUGAUUUACAUUACUUUCAAAUUUUUUGCUACCAAACUAAAAGUAAUUCUUUGGAACCAAAAUAAAUUUUUCUACGUCUCUCGAGACCUAGGGAGGCUGAAUCCUACGGAACAAAACCCUAGACAAACUUCUAAAAUAAAAAAUUUCGUGGAUGAAUCUUUUCCAUUAAACGAAUGGGCUUGAUCCAAAAUUUAACUCUAGACGAAGGCCUAUUUUUCAAGGAAAUAAAUAGAAAGAAAAUUUAAGAAAACGUGUUAAAUUGCAUGGAAGAUCUCCGAUUCGGAAAGAGAACUAUUUGAGAACGAAAGAGUCCCAACUUUUUUAAUGGAAACGGUUGAGGUACAAGAACUGUACAUUUGCAACGAACGAUGCGUUCAAGCGGGCUUCGGAUACCUCAUGUCGGUCCUCAUCAUCGUCACACUCACACUGUCUUUCUUCAAAAACUGCGUCGUGCACGAAUAA